CCUCCAUUCACUGGACAACAACAUCGCAUCGCACUACAUGCGCCGAACAACUGAAGCCACACACCAACAAUGAUACCCCGAUAAAGUCAAGCCAUCCAUCUCCUUCACCUCACACAAACACCCAACACCAUGUCCUCCCAAUCCCGCGACCUCCACCGCGCCCUCCUCCGCCCUUUCAUCAUCCACACCCUGCGCGCCGUAGGCUUCCACGGCACCAAGCCCUCCGUCCUCGACACGCUCGUCAACCUCGCCGAACGCCACCUCCUCCUCCUAGCCGACACAACAGCCAAACUAGCACUGAACAGCCACAACGAUCACAUCCCGACACUAAACGACGUGCGACAAGCGAUGGCCGAAUGCGGCGUUCUCGUGCCUCUCAAUACGAGCGCGGAGGAAACGUGGGACGAGACGCUGAGGCGGCCGCGCGAGGAGGAGGAUGUUGAGGAUGUGAGGCAAUUUUUGCGAUGGUUUGAUGGUGCGCAGCAUGCGGAGAUUAAGCGGGUAGCGGGCAUGGUGCCUGAGGCUGGAGCGGGGGCUGUGGGAGUUGGAGGCGGGGUGGUGAAGGAGGAGGACUUUUUGGAGCGGUUGAAGAAGAGGGGGUACAAGGGGGGCACGAUUGGGGGGAAUGAGGAUGCGAGAUUGGUGGGGACGGUGUUGGGGCGAGAGGCGGAGAGUAAAGGGGUGGUAGUGGAAGGCGGGCCGGUGCAGGACUUGAGGGAAUGGAGGCCCAAGGCGCAAGAUGUGUCGGUGCCGAAAGCGAGUGAGGAUAUGGAUGGAGGGACAGAUACGACGAUCACAUGA